AUGGGAUUGUUUCCUGCUGAUCCCCCCAAACGUAAGCAUCUGUUUGCGAUUGACAGACAACCUAGUCACCACGUUGUUCCAUCUACAGUGCAGCAGGCCAAUCUCAUGAAAGUUCUAACGUCGGAUGCCCUCCAAGACCCGACCCCGGUUGAGGCUCGUGUGAGACGUGAAGUAGCACAGCGCAAACUCGGGCAUGAAAAAAUGAACGCUGAACGCAAGUUGACGGAUGAGCAACGUCGCGAAAAGCAUGAGGCGAAGAAGGCAGACGAAGAAAAGAAGGGUAUUUAUGGUUAG